AAAUGAUCGGAAUUGUGAUUCUCUAACUAGAAUUAUUUCACGACAAGGCUCCUUAAAUCGAAAGAAGAGCUCGAAAAGUCUGUCGGUUUCAUUAUUAACCACUUGUUGACAUACUUUAGUUUACUUUACGCAAAAAAAAUUGGCGUACAAAGUCUUCACAUUUGUAAUGUGUAAUAUAGUAACUACGACAUAGGCAUUAGUUGUCGACCUAACUUAGGUACAGCACACAUAAAAUAUAACCCAUUUUAUUACUAGCAUUCAUAUUUUCUCUUGUGUCGAGUGAUGUCGAGUUGAUGAAAGGAUAAGAAACGACUUUCCAGCUCUGGGAAUGGGACCGUCCGAGUGUACAUGAAUGCAGCAUUACUACAGCUAGUCCACAGCCUUUAGGAGCUAGCCGGUAAAGGUCUGUCCGGUUUAGAAACAACAAACCUACCGGGAAAAAAUAUAUAAUAAAGUAUUGUCAGUGACAUUAAACGGACCAGAGAAACUUUAAAGACGCCAAACAUCAAAUGUAUAAACUGUGUUGAAUGUUUAAAAGACCAUUUAACACCAGCGCGGACUGAGGUCCAUCGCUAACAGCUAACUGUCAUGUUAUAGAAGCUAACCUGGGCUAACAGCUUUAGCCUGUGAGCUAACAGCCUCAGCUCCGCUCACUGAAGGGGGUUAUAUGGCCGUGACGCCGAGGACGAGGUCCAGUCAGUUGGGAGAGCUGUAAAGGAUAGGAGUACCUAGGAUUCUGCACCUAUGUAGAUGGUACAGAAGGGGGAUCUCUUCGUCCCCCAUUAUGCUCCACAACAUUCAGAUUGAAGGAGAAACUUCACAGGGGCGAAAAUCUUGCGUCUUGAAACAGCGGUUUGAACAGGGCCAGUGACAUAAACAUUCUCGCCAUGGAACAGAGUGCGAGCAGCGCUGCAGACAGUGGACAGCGCCCGCAGCCUGGAUGCUCCAGGGGCCAUAUGGCAGCGUGGACCGGGACCGGCCCCUGAUCCGGCUCCAGUUCACGAGCUUCGCUGUGGGGACGGUCCUGCUCCCUCUGACCGGCCUAAUCGCCUGCCUCUUCAUCUCACUCGAGUACCACUUUGAGGACUCGACAUUCACACACUGUCGAGUAUCAAACUACCUCCCAUCCAUCAGCGCCGCUAUCAGCCUGGUGCCAGAGCGCUACAUAUGGCGCUGCUGCAUCGGCCUGCACUCAGCUCCACGCUACCUGGUGGCCAUCGCCUACUUCUGCUUUUACCGCCGACGCUUCGAGAGGCUGCCGGAGCUGCUGCUGAGCGGGUUGGUGCUCCUCUGCAGCCUGGCAGAAAACACCGGCCUUCUGCUGCUCACAUAUGUGUCGUCCACGGAAACUUACAGUGUUCAUAAAAACGCUUUCAUUGUGUUCAUCGGCAGCUCGCUGCUGCACAUGCUCAUUACCUGCAGACUGUGGCAGGUGAUCAGGAGACACUACGUGAACCCAGAGGAAGUGACAUCAUAUCGCUGGAAGCUGCGUCUCUUCCUCUUCAACAUCGGCUGUUGUGCGGCGGCUGCUUACUUCUUCAGACGACACAACAAGUUCUGUGAGGCAGGAGUCUACACCUUCUUCGCCCUCUGUGAGUACCUGGUCGUCUUCUCCAACAUGGCCUUCCACAUGACCGCCUUCUGGGACUUUGGGAGCAAAGAGGUGAUUGUGGCCACGCCCCCUGAAGACAAGAGAUACUGACCUGUGGACGUUUGAAAGACAGGUGACAUAAACGUACCAAUAGGACGCUGGGACAUUAUUCUAUAACAGUUAGUGACGUCAUGAAGGCGUCAUGGACAUUUUCUGAGAACUGAUGCCUUAAAUCCUUGCUGCAGGUGAGCUCAAACUGUCCAUCAUUCCGAACACACCUGUGUGCUUCAGACUGCUUCAAGUCAAAGUGAAUCAAAAAAUAGUUUUUAAAAUCUGCUGUAAUAACGUAACGUUAGAAACAACACCAGAACAAACACAUGAAGAAGACUCUGGAGAGUUUAAAGGAGAAUUCAGUCAAUUCAAACCUUGGCCUUAUUUAUUGUUUUUAUUAAGAUUAGAGUCUAAGUGACGUCACAUGGGAUUUGUAGUCCACUUCUCCAUGUUUCUCUAACUCUAAUAUGUGUCCCUAGUCCGUCUACAAACCCCCCCAAUGAUGAGAAAAGUC